AUGGAGGGCACUGUGGCUGUCACGACUGUCAAGGACCCCUCCAAGUUCGGAGUGCUCGAUUUGGUGGAGACUCCCAUCGGCACCCAAAUCGAGCGUUUCGUGGAGAAGCCGUCCGUGUUUGUGUCCGACAAGAUCAAUGCAGGAAUAUACGUCCUCAGUCCCCGAGUCCUCAACCGAAUUCAGGUUGUGAUUGUCCGUGUCCUUCAAGACGAGACCCACCUCAAUCGAGAAAGAAAUCUUCCCCAAAAUGGCCGAGGAAUCCCAACUCUACGCGUGUCACAUUCCUGGUGUUGUCGAACCAUCAGUUUGCCAGGUUUUUGGAUGGACGUGGGACAGCCACUGGACUUCCUCCAGGCAACCCGGCUGUGGUUGGAGCACAACCAAGUGAGCAGCACACGGCCCGACGUGACCAUCCAUCAGCCCGUCCUCAUUGUAAUCGUCCACUCAUAUUCCAGGACGACGAGGCUGUUAUUGGGGCGGGGUCAGAGAUUGGUCCAAACGUGA